AUGUUCGUCCUUCCCCCACCCCCACCUCGCUACACCGUCCCUGUCGCCUAUGCAGCUGGUGCAUCAAACGGCAUGGCGGUGCCCGUGGUAGAGACGAACAACAUCAUCAGCCACCCGGAGGGCGGUUGCUCUCUGCAGGUGGGAGAAGGCACCUAUCACCUUAAAGACGACCUCCACCUCGCAACCCCUCCUCCUCAUCCCUCUGAAGCGCCUGUUGUGAACCCAAACCCUCUCGCGACCGGCGUGACUCCGCCAACGUCGGGCGUGAAACUCUCCUUGGUCCAAGUUAGCAACCAGAGCAAGGCUCCUACAUACUCUCUGAAUGGUUACGGCACGGCACCAUUGUUUGGCGAUGGGAAUCCUGCUCUGGCCGCCCCGGUGGUGAAGGAAGGGCUCAAGAGGAGGAAACCGAAGAACAACAUUGUCAAGAGCAGCUCGUCGUUCGUUUCGCGGGUGAUUACCCAUGAAGCGCUGACGAAACGCCUGAAUGAUCGCAACCCAGACGGCUUCUUCGCGUUCGCCAACAUCAACCGCGCAUAUCAAUGGCUGGAUCUCAGCUCGAAGCAAAAGGAAGAACCGCUGGCGAAGAUUCUUUUCACGAAAGCGCACGUACUGAGCCAUGACAUUAAUGAGUUGACGAAGAGUUCAUCGCACAUCGAUAUCGUCAUGGGUUCGUCGGCCGGGGACAUCAUAUGGUACGAGCCGAUUUCGCAAAAAUACGCACGCAUCAAUAAGAACGGGGUCGUCACCAAUUCCGCCGUAACUCAUAUCAAGUGGAUCCCGGGAUCGGAGAAUUUGUUCAUGGCCGCUCAUGCCAAUGGACAGUUGGUGGUUUAUGAUAAGGAGAAGGAGGAUGCGCUUUUCACACCCGAGCUUAGUAGUCCGUCAGCCGAGAUGCUGAAAUCGUCGGGUCGGCAGCCGCUGCAGAUUUUGAAGUCGGUUAACUCUCGAAAUCAGAAGACGAACCCUGUAUCCCUGUGGAAAGUCGCGAAUCAGAAGAUCUCGCAAUUUGCGUUCUCUCCGGACCGCAGGCACCUGGCUAUUGUUCUGGAGGAUGGAUCCUUGCGGGUAAUGGACUACCUGAGAGAAGAAGUCCUUGACAUCUUCCGCAGCUAUUACGGCGGACUGAUAUGCGUGUGCUGGUCUCCAGACGGCAAAUACAUCGUAACGGGUGGUCAAGAUGAUCUGGUCACAAUCUGGUCCCUGCCAGAGCGUAAGAUCGUAGCACGAUGUCAAGGCCACAAUUCGUGGGUUUCGGCGGUAGCCUUCGACCCAUGGCGCUGCGACGAGCGCAACUACAGAUUCGGCAGCGUCGGUGAUGAUUGCCGGCUGUUGCUGUGGGAUUUCAGCGUGGGCAUGCUGCAUCGGCCCAGAGUGCACCAAGCGAACGCACGUCAACGAACAAGCAUGGUCGUAUCCAACACGCAGCUAAGCAACCGACACCGAGCCGACAGCGCGGGCAAUCGCGUCCGGUCCGACUCGCAGCAAACAGCCGACACAUACAGCAGCUACGACCCGACCGUCCGUCAUCCCGUCGAGCCCAGGGCGCGAACGGCUCUCCUCCCGCCGAUCAUGUCCAAAAUCGUCGGCGAAGACCCGAUCUGCUGGCUCGGAUUCCAAGAAGACUCGAUCAUGACCUCCUCCCUCGAAGGACACAUCCGCACCUGGGAUCGUCCCCGCGAAGGCAUCAACGAGAACUACUACGACCACACCUCAUCCCCGGCCAUCAGCGCCAGCGUCGCGGGCUCCGGCUCUGCAUUGGGUGACUCGGUGAUGGGAUCGCUUUGAACCAGCGGGGGCAUAUAUCCAUAGCCACGU